AUGCCAAUGCCUUCGAGGAAAGAAAGCGUAAACGAGGAGAUUCCCACAGCCUCCUCUCUUGGCGACGCCUUGCUGUACGCCACGAUGUGCAUCGUCGGCCUCCCCGUCGAAGUCCAGGUCAAGGACGGAUCCCUCUACCUGCGGCAUCUUGCACACUGCCUGCUUCGAAAAGGACCACGUGUUGGUCUGGACCGUCUGGUCAAUCGCUACUUCCCUGCCCCCGAUAGACGAUCUUUUUGGUGGAUGUUUACGGAAGGUGUUGUGUUGAAGAAAGCGACGAAAGUAGGGAAAGGGAAAUGUCUCACUAACUUAGCAUUAGGAGAUUGUGUGGAUACUCUCAUCGUGCUUUCGUCUGAUCUUGUUCAAGUAGUCGUAAAGGGUUUUAUACUUCCAGCUGAAGGCGUUGUUGACCGUGUCUCUGGCAAAAGUGCAGAGUCAGUGAAUCAUGUUGAGUCCCAUUCAUGUAGUAGGGAAAUAGAAAGUGAAGAAAAGGGAUCGACAUUUCACAACUCUGACGCUUCAAGGCAGGACACAGGGUGCCAAGCUGAUGGAGACAAAGAGGACAAUCCAAUUUUCGAGGUGGCCCAUGGAGCUCCUUCAAGUCCUAUCUCAAACAGCAAUGGAAGAAAUAGCGACCUUUCUUCUCUACCUGUCCGGUUAGCUACUCAAGAAAGCGAAGCUUCCCAAGCAUCGAUCUCAUCAGAUACUAGAACUUCAGUUUGUUCUACUUCUUCCACUUUGGCAUCAGAUACUACAACCACCAAUUCAUGUGCUAAUGGAUUAGUACCACCAAUCCCUAAGAAAAUUAAAGCUGGAAGUAUUAUUACUAAGGAAUCAAAGCUCAAUCCAGGUGCAAAGGAUUUCACACCGUCAACAGCAAAUUUUAGACAAGCACUAGCACCCGUGCCCAGACUAAUAAGCCCGAGUCAAAUGUCGAAUAGCCUUUCUAUGGUGCCUGCUGUAGGUGCACAAUUAGGAAAUGAGAUGAACUCUCUAGCAAGCCGUUUCUCAGUACCAAGUAAAGUGGUUCCGUACAAUAACCUAAUUGUUGCACAACCUGGAAACGGAACUAAUUACUCUCGCCCUAUUAUGGGGAACAGUAGGAUUCGCCAACUUCCAGUUCGUGUCAACAGUCAAUAUCACCCUCUUCAAUCAGGACAUGUAUACUUGAAUCCACAUUCCCAAAUGAUACCUGCCGGGCCGCUAAAUUUGCCUGUGUAUAGGCAUCCUUUUCCCCAGGUGCGGGAGCAUUGA